AUGUCCCGACAUCCACUUCACCAAAUGCUAGACAUUGCUUUCAAGCUUCUACCAGAGCUGGUGGAAUACCAAGGCUACCUCAGCCCUUCGAGAAAGAGCGCAUCACCACCUGCGAAGUGGGCCACAAAGGAGACUCAGAGUCGCAUACAGCAUCUGCAGAAGGUUGAAGAGCAGCAAUCGGCACGAGAACGGCUCCGGCGACUGCGAGCUAUUGCCUCCGAGCUCGAUCACUGGGAAGCAGACUUUCGAGUCCAGCAGCAACAACGUUACGGUGGCUUGCACCACAGACAGGAAGCCGAAUGGGCGGGUCUAUAUGAAUACUCAUUUGGAUUCACCUCUCUUCCCGCCGCGACAGCUUAUACCAUGUAUGCAGCGAUUCGCAUCCGCUUGGCCGAAGCAAUUUACACGUCACUGUGUAUUUGCAACAAGGGCGACUCACUGCUGGGAAUCAUCAACAGCCGACCGCCCUUGUCCCGCAACGGCUCGGCCCCAAAUGUAAACGUCCUGGCCGCAACACAAUCUACUAGUGACGCAAUGAUGUUCCUGAUGACAGCAGAGAUUGCACCACCGCCACUGGCUUCAUCGUCGUCAUCGUCGUUUAGCAGUCCACAAACAGAAAAGAUGGACGCCCUUCUACAGGGCCUUCGCUGGGCGCGACAGUCGCUACAGAGCUUGGAAUUCUUUCAUACCGGCAGUCUCAAGGACUGUGGCUGGGUGGCAACGUUAUUUGCCUUUGAUUCUGCGUGGUCUUUCGUCAACAAUCGUAGAGAGUUGGACGGCCACGUUGAUCUGAGUAGGGAACGGAUCUGGUGUCAGGACACUGCAAGGAGAUUUGAGGCGCUUCAGAUCCCGCUAUUUGGGUGGCGGUGA